AUGGCGGACCCCUACAACCCCUACACUUCAUACCCAACGCCUACUCCCGGUGGGGUCAGUUACUACCCCCCAGCCCCGGAGGAGCAAUCUCACCAGCAAGGCGCAUAUCCGCACCAGCAGCCCCCAUACAGCAAUGUCGAGUAUGGUGGUGUGGCAUCGCCAGACCAAAACUACAAUUAUGCUCCGCAGUCGAGUCAAUACCACCUUCAGCCGGAAGGAUGCCAGAGCAAUGCGCCCAACAGAAGUUACACGCCGGUAGGACAACCAGAUCAUCUCGGUCCGGUCAGCGCUCCAGGGAUGCCAGCUCAGGGCAGUGGAAAGGUCCCCGAGAAUGCGGGAUACUACGAUGGCCACCCAGCCGAUGAACCGAGAUACACACCAUCACACAGCCCGCGCCCACCCCCGGUGUACGUGUCGGAGGCAGAUAAUACCCGACCUCACGACAAGGAGAGUCGGGACUCAAACCGGGGUGCAGAAGAUCUCGAGGGCGACCGUGGAUUUGGAGGAUCUCUUGCUGGUGGAGCCGCGGGUUAUUACUUCGGACAUAAGAAAGAGCAUGGUCUUCUGGGUGCGAUUGGCGGGGCGAUCAUCGGAAACUUACUUGAAGACAAGACGAAGAAGCAUGAGAGGCCCCCCUCGCCAUCCGUAUCGUCGCAUGCUAGCCAUCAUAGUCACCACGGUCACCACAGUCACCACAGUCACCAUGGAAGUGAUCAUGGAAGUCAUCACGGCAGUCAUCAUAGCAGUCACCUCAGUCACAUCGGUCACCUUGGACAUGAGCACCACCACCAUAGUCACCACCGACAUAGUCGGAGUCGAAGCCAUUCACGACACCGUGACGAAGACGAUUACUGA